UCAGCGGCUCGCGCCUCCACUCCGUCAUCUAUCGCUCGGCGCUCGUCCCUUCUCAGUGGGUCUGCUCUGCGCUUUCCAUCGAGCGUCUCGGCCAUCACGCGCCUGCGCCUUUGGGCUGUCAGUCAGAGGCGGCGUGUGGAGCGCUGGGAGCGGUUGUGGCGUGCGGGGAACUGAGGUAUAGCUGUGACUUCUGCCCUGCCAGGCCGCGCACGGGCUGGCUGACCCCGCUUGUAAACAUGGAAUUUCAAGCAGUGGUGAUGGCAGUAGGUGGGGGAUCUCGGAUGACAGACCUAACUUCCAGCAUUCCCAAACCUCUGCUUCCAGUUGGGAACAAACCUUUAAUUUGGUACCCGUUGAACCUGCUUGAGCGCGUUGGAUUUGAAGAAGUCAUUGUGGUUACGACCAGGGAUGUUCAAAAGGCUCUAUGUGCAGAAUUCAAGAUGAAAAUAAAGCCAGAUGUUGUGUGUAUUCCUGAUGAUGCUGACAUGGGAACUGCAGAUUCUUUGCGCUACAUAUAUCCAAAACUUAAGACAGAUGUGCUGGUCCUGAGCUGUGAUCUGAUAACAGAUGUUGCCUUACAUGAGGUUGUGGACCUGUUUAGAGCUUACGAUGCAUCACUUGCUAUGUUGAUGAGAAAAGGCCAAGAUAGCACAGAACCUGUUCCCGGUCAAAAGGGGAAAAAAAAAGCAGUGGAGCAGCGUGACUUCAUUGGAGUGGACAGCACAGGAAAGAGGCUGCUCUUCAUGGCUAAUGAAGCAGACUUGGAUGAAGAACUGGUCAUUAAGGGAUCCAUCCUACAGAAGCACCCUAGAAUACGUUUCCACACAGGCCUUGUGGAUGCCCACCUCUACUGCUUGAAAAAAUACGUUGUGGAUUUCCUAAUGGAAAAUGGGUCAAUCACUUCUAUCCGGAGUGAACUGAUUCCGUAUCUAGUGAGAAAACAGUUUUCCUCAGCUUCCUCACAACAGGGACAGGAAGAAAAAGAGGAGGAUCUAAAGAAAAAGGAGCUGAAGUCCUUAGAUAUUUACAGUUUUAUAAAAGAAGCCAAUACACUGAACCUGGCUCCCUAUGAUGCCUGCUGGAAUGCUUGUCGAGGAGACAUGUGGGAAGACUUGUCCAGAUCGCAGGUGCGCUGCUAUGUCCACAUCAUGAAAGAGGGGCUCUGCUCUCGAGUGAGCACACUGGGACUCUACAUGGAAGCAAACAGACAGGUGCCCAAAUUGCUGUCUGCUCUCUGUCCAGAAGAACCACCCGUCCACGCAUCAGCCCAGAUUGUCAGCAAACACCUGGUUGGAGUUGACAGCCUCAUUGGGCCAGAUACACAGAUUGGAGAGAAGUCAUCCAUUAAGCGCUCAGUCAUUGGUUCAUCCUGUCUCAUAAAAGAUAGAGUGACGAUUACCAAUUGCCUUCUCAUGAACUCAGUCAUUGUGGAGGAAGGAAGCAACAUCCAAGGCAGCGUCAUCUGCAACAAUGCUGUGAUCGAGAAGGGUACAGACAUCAAGGACUGCUUGAUUGGAAGUGGCCAGAGGAUUGAAGCCAAAGCUGAACGAGUGAACGAAGUGAUCGUGGGGAAUGACCAGCUCAUGGAGAUCUGAGUUCUAAGCAAGUCAGACAGACUCCUUCCUUUUGGCCUCCAGAACCACAGAUGUUGGCUGGCCCACCUGUUUGCCUCUGUAUUUAUUUCCCAAUAAAGAAGGGCUUCCAAAGACAUGCUGGAGACUUGUGGAGCAGUCCCAAGCUCCACGUCAGGUGGGCUCCAGAUGUACACAGUG